GUUAGCGGGAAGGAGCCAUCAGCCUCUGGGGCUUAGGAAAUGAACUUAGUUUGGAGCCCAGGGGAUGGGGCAGGCUGGGACCAGUCGUGUGCAGACUCAUCUUCCUGUGCUGGUGCUAGGCUCUCUCGGCCCGCACGGCAGGCUCAGGGCACACAAAUCAAAGCAUUGGCAUUUGGAACUGAAGCAGUCUGGCCUUAGCUCCUCUCCUGCUUCCUCCAGACUGGGUGGGCUUCUCCAAAGAGAACUAGGAGGUGGUACCUAGGGAGUCCUGCUGUGCCCGCCUGAGGCCCCUGGAUCUUGGCUCUACACUCUUCUCUACAACGCACCCCUCAGCCCGGAGCCCUGGCUUUGCCUUCCCCUCAUCUUGAUGCCACCAGAAAAGAGCAGGGGCGUGGGACAUGUGAACAAGAAGAGGAAGGAGAGAAGGAAUAAUCCCAUUGGCAGGGAGGGGCCGCCCAGGCCAGUCAAGGCCCCGUUGCCUCCUGGUCCUGCCCAACCUCUAGUAUGGACUGAGGCUAGGGAUGGGGAGAGCUACCCGGGUGUUGCCCUUCCUCCAAGCUUCCCUCCCUCUGAGGAUCCAUUCUUAGUCCUGUGGGAGUGGUGUCUGGACCUGCAUGGUUGGAGUCACAGACAAUCGAUUUGUUAAUCUGGGGGUCUGGAUCUCUCUUAAUGGGCUGAGAAACCACGGUAAUUGUUCCCUGCGGCAGUAAUGAGCAGGAGCAAGGCUGUGCCCAAACUCAAGAGAGACUAGGAGCGGAGCUGAUGUGUAGCUAGGAGCCUCCUUGUGUCCAGUCCUCCAUCCUCCCAGCAUCCCUUGGGCAAAACAGAUAGUCCAACGGUGCACAUUGCUUGGGUGAGGACGCAGAGAUGGGGUGACUGGCUCCUAUCUGGGCAGUUUCCCAGUCAGCUUUGUGCCAGACACUUGAGCAAGAUCUCCAGAUCGAGUUCUGGUCCUGCCGCUCGGAGCUCCCUGAGACAGUGUCACUUCCCCUCCUGCAACACCAGUUUCCUCAUCUGCCACCUCCCAGACUCCUGCCCUCUGUGGCCCAGGAACUCGGUGGCAGGGUCUGCUCCAGGAGUCCGGCUUACUCCAACUCUCAUGAAUAGCGGGAGGUGCCGAAGCAGGGUGAAUUUCCCAGGUCUUCAAAGUUGCCUCAACCCUGACCGCCCUGGGCCACAGGAGACUGUUCUGGGAACACCACAAGGACCUAACUACUGGGAAGAAGAUGAGCUGUGACUGAAAGAACAUGGGUUUUGAAGGUGGCAUUCAGGCUGGCGUCAUUGGCGUUUUCCUCCGUGAGCUCUCAGUGUGUGCACUGUCCACAGAGGUAAACUAAGAGCCACCAGAGAAACGUGGAGGAACAGAGGACGUAGAGAAACACCAAACCUGGUACUUCCUCAUAAAAGGUCUUCCAUCUGCAUGAGACAGAUUCUCCAGGCAUAGGAAAAGCAUUGGGCCGUAAUGGAGCGGGACAAUGGCACCAUCCAGACACCAGGCUUGCCACCCACUACGUGUGUCUACCGUGAGGAUUUCAAGCAACUGCUGCUACCCCCGGUGUACUCAGUGGUGCUGGUGGUGGGCCUGCCGCUGAACAUCUGCGUCAUCGCUCAGAUCUGCGCAUCCCGUCAGACCCUGACGCGCUCGGCUGUGUACACCCUGAACCUGGCAGUGGCAGACCUGCUGUAUGCCUGCUCACUGCCCCUACUCAUCUAUAACUACGCCAGAGGGGACCACUGGCCCUUCGGAGACCUGGCCUGCCGCCUCGUGCGCUUUCUCUUCUAUGCCAACCUACAUGGCAGCAUCCUGUUCCUCACCUGCAUCAGCUUCCAGCGCUACCUGGGUAUCUGCCACCCGCUGGCCCCCUGGCACAAGCGUGGCGGUCGCCGUGCUGCCUGGGUGGUAUGUGGAGCCGUGUGGCUGGCCGUGACAGCUCAGUGCCUGCCCACUGCAGUCUUUGCUGCCACGGGCAUCCAACGCAACCGCACUGUCUGCUAUGACCUGAGCCCACCCAUCCUGUCCACCCGCUACUUUCCCUAUGGCAUGGCUCUCACGGUCAUCGGCUUCUUGCUGCCCUUCACAGCCUUACUGGCCUGCUACUGUUGCAUGGCCCGCCGCCUGUGCCGCAAGGAUGGCCCAGUAGGACUUGUGGCCCAAGAGCGGCGCAGCAAGGCAGCCCGUAUGGCCGUGGUGGUGGCGGCUGUCUUUGCCAUCAGUUUCCUUCCUUUCCAUAUCACCAAGACAGCUUACUUGGCCGUGCGGUCGACACCCGGUGUCUCUUGCCCUGUACUGGAGACGUUUGCAGCUGCCUACAAAGGCACCCGGCCCUUUGCCAGUGCCAACAGUGUACUGGACCCUGUUCUCUUCUACUUCACACAGCAGAAGUUCCGGCGGCAUCCACAUGAGCUCCUACAGAAGCUCACAGUCAAGUGGCAGAGGCGGAGUCUGAGGCCCCAAGGCAAACCCUGAGGCACUGGCAGCUGCGUAUUUGCCAUGGGGGCCAUGGUGCCAGAAGCUUCCCCCACAAGCUCAAAUUUUACAGAGAAGUAAAACUUGGUUCAACAGGCCUGGGCCCGGCCCUAAAGAAGUUCUACAUCAACCACAAAGCUAAGACACCUGUAUUUCAGGGGCUGGUCAGUUCGUGCUUGUUAUCCCAGAACUCAGGAUGUUAUGACUGGAGGAUAACAAGCUUCAGGCCAGCCUGAUCCAUGGGGAAACCCUGUCUUAGACAAUCCAGAGUUGGGGCUAUAGUUCAGCAGCACAUGCCUAGAGUGUGCUAGCCCCUGGGCUCAAUCCUUAACACUGCAAAAUUCAAUAAAGGUCUUUUCCCCCAACUCUUCUUGUUUACAAGGUGAAGGGGAAGGCUGGGGCAUGAUCUUGAACAUGAAGGCAAGGUCUUGAUCCCUGGGACCCACUUCUUACAAGGAGCAAGAAGCUAGGGGAGGCUCGUGUUCCCAUUCAUUUUCCAAAACUUUUGCAUAAGAGAGAUAAAUAAAUGUAAUUUUGUGGGUUUUGUUAUUUUGCUUUUGUUUUUAGGCCAUGCCCCACCCCCCGGUCAAAAUGAACCCUUUAGUCAGAUUUCAUCACACAGAUAAAGGGCAAAGCAGUGAUUUAAUUGGGACAGGGUUCAAGACAUAGGCUGGAACCUGCAGGGAACGAAGAACUACGGUUAGAAAUACCCAGGAGGCAUCCUCCAGAUGGCUGAAGACCUGCAAGGGUCAAUCCCAGUGUGGUUUGAUGCUUAGGGGAAGUACAUACAUGUCAUAUAACAGAAAACCCGGAUUACCCAAAACCAUGCAGGGCUGUUCCAUCCUGGCUUUCACGGCACCUCCUAAGGUUGAACACUUCUGUCACACGCACCUUUGUCCAUGAACUCAGAGUUAUGCGGGAGUUCAUUGAUACUGCCAGUAUCUGAAUAUCCAUUAAGACAAUGUAUCAAUACGCUAGAGUAGCUUAUGCAUCUAGAAUUAAUUACAGCAACACGCAGCACGUAAACCUUAGCAGUAUACUAUUAAGGAACAAGAAGUCUCUCCAAACUCUCUGUAGACAAGGCUCUUUGUAUGAAGUUAUGAAGAACUACAGUGGGCACAACGGUUCGCAGUAUAUGCCAGCUCAGAAUACAUAGUUAGCUGGAGGUGAGCCUGGAUAUGACACUGUUUCUUUGCAUUGUUUUCAAUUUUUAAAAUCAUUUUGUGUGUGGUGGCCAGAAGACAACUUUAGGAGUUGGUUUUCUUUUUUCUUCUUCUUUUUUGUUCUUUUUUUUUUUCUUUUUUGUUCUUCAAGACAGGAUUUCCCUGUAGCUUUGGUGCCUGUCCCGGAACUAGCUCUUUUAGACCAGGCUAGCCUCAAACUCACAGAGAUCCGCCUGCCUCUACCUCAUGAGUGCUGGGAUUAAAGGCGUGCACCACCACCGCCCAGCAGGAGUUGGUUUUCUUGAUCAAACUCAGAAAGUCGGGUUUGGCAACAAGUGCCUUUACCCACGGACCCCACACAUAUUCCAAAAACCUAAAGCAGUUACAGAAGCCUAUAAUCCUAGUUACUUGAAGGGCUGAGGCCAAAGAAUGGAGAUCAAGACCUGACUAGGAUACAGAAUGAGUUCGGAGCCAGCUUGAGUAACCCUGUCUCAAAAGGAGGAGAAGACAUGUGCCGGAGACAUAGUUCAAUGGUAUAGAACUUGUCUAGUAUGACUGAGGUUCAGGUCCAAUCCUAACAACACAUAAUACAAUGAGAGAGAGAGAGGAGAGAGAGAGAGAUACACAGACACAGAGAGAGAGAGAGAGAGAGAGAGAGAGAGAGAGAGAGAGAGA